ACAGGAGUCCUCUGUUAUAAUGAGGACUAAAGUUAGAACAGUUAGAUGUCCGUCCAACAGAGGGCAGCAGAGAAACUCUCAAAUACCCCCGUAGGAGCCAUUAGUUAUGUCUUUGUAUUAUGUGUUUCAAUGUGGAUGUCAGGUUGACCCCGGGGGGCAGUGUGUGUUAGUUUAUAUGUGGGGCACAGGUGCACCUGACAGGUAAUGACGUAUGGGAAACAAGACACACCAGAGGGAGACCAGGAAACUAGUAGAUAUCCAGUUGUAUUGUCAGUGAACCUCCCCCAGAGAUACGGCCUGGAAUCUACACAUGAAUACUCAUGCUUCAUCACAAUGAAUCACAUCUCUGGAAAAGCCAAAUCAGUCAUAAAUAUGUUCUGUUAAAAGACAUUCACCACCACGAUGAUGCUCCUCCCAACACACCUGUACACGCUGAGGCUGAAUCCACAGCAACAGUUAUCAUAUUAUAACAGUCAGCAGUCUGAAUGUGUGGGUAUUUCCUAAAGUUAGUCCUCUGCUGAUCCACAUGAGUGUAGCACACUCUAGGAGACAGGAGUGAUUACUCUUGUGACUUCUACAUGGAACCAAUGUAAAACUAUGCAUCUUACUGGGAGAUAUUCCAAUGACAUGUGUGUUGUUAAAUGUUGUCUGCUCUCAUUUCCCUUCUUUGACCCUUCAAACGAGGAUCUAUGAAUGAAUAUGAGCUGGUGCACAUCUUUUCAGAGCUGUGGACACAGAGGACACAGGCAUUGUCCGUCCCAUUGAUGAAUCCCAGAAUGCUGACUCUGCUGAACUGCAGCCAGUCCCAGUCCGGUCUGUAGCAGUAACCCCAAACCCCACAAGCUCCCCAAACUGGCCCUGGAACAGCCCCAGCUGGCCGGCCCAGUUGCUCUGCAUGGAGCGGCUAAGCCUCUGUGGGAUUAGACUAAUGCAGGUGGCUUGAAGCCACUAGUGGUGAAACAACAGGCAUGGGAAGAGACUCCUAUCUCACUCUGCAGUUCCAUUAGACCGUAAAGGCAUUCAUGUUGCUGCGUCUAUGUAAUGUAUGUGUUGUGCAAUCAUCAGAAGAGCACUUGAUGGUAUUAUUGAUGUAUCUAAAGGGGAAGGAGGAGCGGCUCCUGGAGCCGGAGGUGGAGCUGGAGUCCAGAUGGAGCUGGUCCCCUUUACUGAAGUGAAAGUACUAAUACCACACUGGAAGACUUUGGUUAAAGUAUAGAAGUGUAAUAAGUAAGAUGUACUCAAAGCAACAACAAAGGUCCACUGUGACUGUUCUAUUAAUAUAUCAUUAUUCAACAAACAAAAGCACACAAUUCAACGCUGUUAAAAGUAAACUGAGGACAUUCAAUAAUUCAAAUUAAAAGCAGAAAGUGACAGAACCUCAUAAUGCGUUUUAUCUGUGAUCCAGCAGCAGUUCAGAGACCAUUACGAGGUCUGAUUCUCUGAGCGUUGUUUCAGUCUGCGUGAUCGAGAGCCGGCUCUCUGAUUUAUAGAUAUAUGUACAUAUGUAGUCGCAUGUUGCCCUGAGCCCUAACGCUCAUGUCACUGACUGUGAACUCGUCUCAGGGGAACUCCCUCGUGUCUUCCUGACUUCUCUUCACGUCCUCCUCCCCCUCCUCUCCGUCCAGCAGCGUUUGCUUUGGCAGCCCGGCGUGUCUGGUGUGUGGGUGGCACCGGGCUCACCGGGCUCUGGACCCAGCGGUGCCCCAUCCAUCCUCCACUGUGAUUCUGCUGACGGGGCCCAACCCAGCAUGAGAUAAUGCCAUUCCAGAGGGAUCGCGGCUAAAGCCUCUCUUUCUGGCUGCCAGGUAUAUAAAGAGGAGAGGACCAACCCUCCUGAAACUCUUCACUCAUCGCCGGUCAGCAGCAUUCUCUUCUCCUCCUUCACCUGCCGGACUCUGAGCAGGAUCAAGCUAGACCACUAUGGAUAUUGCCAUCCAGCACCCUUGGUUCAGACGUGCCCUGGGCUCCGUCUACCCGGCCCGACUCUUUGACCAGUUCUUUGGAGAGGGCAUGUUUGACUACGACUUCUUCCCCUACACCACCUCCUCCAUCAGCCCCUAUUACAGACAGUCGCUGUUCCGCAGCUUUUUGGAUUCUUCUAACUCCGGCACCUCAGAGGUGAGGUCUGACAGGAACAAGUACACGGUGUACCUGGACGUCAAGCACUUCUCUCCCGAUGAGCUCAGUGUGAAGGUCACCGAUGACUAUGUGGAGAUCCAGGGCAAGCAUGGAGAAAGACAGGAUGACCAUGGUUACAUCGCUCGUGAGUUCCACCGCCGCUACCGCCUCCCCUCCAGCGUUGACCAGUCGGCAAUCACCUGCACCCUGUCGACCGAUGGGCUGCUGACCCUGACCGGGCCAAAGGUCACCGGAGGGAGCGAGUCCGGCCGCAGCGAGCGCAGCGUCCCCGUCGUCCGUGACGACAAGCCCAACGCUGCGGCGCCCUCCUAGAGGCCAAGUGGUGCUGCAGGGGCUCCAGCCCCCUCCCACACACCUGCUUCUCGCUCCCUUUCCUUAGAGCACACCUGUGUCCUCCUUGCUUCACUUUCUCCUGUUGAUCCUUCUCAGUUAUUAGUGUCAUUGUUUUGAGCCUAACAAAGAAAGCUUCUCUCUGCUGCUUGUUGUUGAUCCGUGUCAGAGAGCUCUUGAUGAUGGAGGUACGUGUCAAGUGCCAGGUGUUCCAUCAGUGAAGUCCUCUCUGAACC